AUGUAUCUAUCGUUAUAUCUGACUCUCUCUCAGUCUGUCUUUCGAUUUAAUCUAUUUGCCUCAAUCCUUUUUCAUGUAUCUAUCGUUAUAUCUGACUCUCUCUCUCAGUCUGUCUAUCGAUUUAUCUAUCUGUGUCUUUUUAUCUAUCUAUCUAUCUAUCUAUCUAUCUAUCUAUCUAUCUAUCUAUCUCCCUUUUCAUUUUCCAAUCUAGCUAGCUCAAUCCUUUUUCAUGUAUCUAUCGUUAUAUCUGACUCUCUCUCAGUCUGUCUAUCGAUUUAUCUAUUUGCGUCUUUUUCAUAUCUAUCUAUCUAUCUAUCUAUCUAUCUAUCUAUCUAUCUAUCUAUCUCCCUUUUCAUUUUCCAAUCUCUCUGUCUAUCGAUCAAUCUAUAUCUAUCUUGCGUCUUUUCAUAUUAUCUAUUAUCUAUUUCUAUCUAUCUAUCUAUCUAUCUAUCUAUCUCCCUUUUCAUUUUCCAAUCUAGCUAG